GUUCAACUUCAAUUUCAUUCCAGACUGAAAACGCUGAAUAAUCACAUUUUUGUGGUGCUUUGUUGUGUUGUGCAAGAAAAAGUUGGUGCUUUCGUCGAAAUAGCAUUGUUUUUCAACAAUGUCCAGGUCAAAGGCUACCUAUCUCGACGCGGAUUCAUCGUUGAUGGAGAAAAAUCUGCGUUUCAUUAAGGAUGAAGCGGAAGAGGAGUUCAAUAACAUGUUCGGGCCCAUCAUGGAACAAGCGGAGGAUAUUAGCAGCGGAAGAUCCAAAAUUGUGAAGCCGUUGCCGGGUUUCUGCAUCAAGACAUUCAUAAAGGACACACGAGAAAAGUUCUUCAUCAAUGUGUGCCACACGAAUGGUAUUCCCGCACCGGAGGAUAUCACCGACGACCAACUGCUGGCACUUCUCAACGAUGGCACACCUGGUUCGUUCAAAAUUCCCAUGAGCAUUGCCGUUCCGCGAUUGAUUAAGGACAGCUCUGCCAAGCAGUGUCAGGUGUGUGACAUUGCCGUGAACAGCACCUUUUUCAAGAAGAUCGAAUCCGGAUGCCUCAUGAGAGACUUUUUGAUUACAAUCGUGUUCGAAGGGCUCAGUUCCAAGUACAACAUCACCCUGGAUGAAAUGGACUUUCGAGUGUUGAAAAACAAAAAAUUCGUCGACAAGUUGAUUGCGCACAACAUUCAGAAUCGAGACGUGAAAGCGGUCUACGAGAGCUAUCAAAAUCCGCCAGCCCCAGAUCUGCGAAGUUUCGAGGAAUCGUUAGGGCACACUAAGAAACCGACGAAAAAGCUGAUCGAAGAAAUUGAUCCCAGUACAAUUAAAAACAUCAAGGACGAGAAGAACAAAAAGUCUGGCAAAGAUGAGUAUGUGCCGGAUCCAACCAAGGUGGCUAUUUCGCAGGCUGCAUCUAAGAAACCCGAUUGCCGGCUAUUCAAAGAACCUGCCGUUGGCAAACCGCGAGUUUUAAUUGGCGAAUUUUAUUUGCCGGAAUGUACAUCAUCCAAAGAGAUCACACUAGAUAUCGGAGAGGACCGAAUCUUACUAGAAGCAAGAAAGAAAGGUUAUCUGUUGGACGUAUUCGUAGAUUACUCAAUCGACGAGAGUCGAACCAAAGCAAGUUUCAACACUGAAACUAAGAUGCUCAAUGUGAUCAUGCCAGUUCUUGCGCUCUAAGCUGAAUAACUUUUUUAUUUUGAACUUUCUACGUCACCUGGAACCAAUGCGGUAAGCAAAAGAAAAAAUAAAACAUGCUAAAAGA